CGAACAUCAACGAAGCAAACUCACCGAACAAGUCAACGUCGCGCGAUUUCACGAUGGGAUCAUUUCAUAGUCAGAGAAAUUCAUAGAAUAUUCAGUCGCUUACAUAUGAUUCUAGACUGAUUCACGCUUCCUGAAUAAAUCUCCGAUUCUUGGAUGAAUCGGAAACAUGACUGACUUCCUCACACCAAUCUCCACCAAAAAGGUGAAGACCAAGGACGUCGAGCCUCUUUCGAAGAAGAUUCAAAACCUGGAAGUUCGAGAUGCAAUCUCCAUCAAAUCUACAGACUCAGCAUUGGAAGCAUUGAAGAAUGAACCGGAUUGGGGGACUGUCAACAACGUCUUAACAUACCUGACGUCUGACGGGGUGAACCUCUUACUACCAGGACCGUUGUUCGCGAGUAUAGCCCAUCAACUCGUCAACACCACGAUACCGAGCUAUUGGAGAACGUUGAAAGAGUCAAAACCUCAAGCCGCUCAGCUCGCUAGAAUCCUUCGUAAUCCUACAGGCCUUGGACAUAUCACCACGAGACUGCGGUCUCUCAUCACAGACAGUCGGCAAAGGAAGGGUCCUGGAACUGCGCGCGAUACUUCAGAGCAUAUAGAAGAUCUUUUCGACGUACUUGAUGGGGUGCUGCGUGACGAUGCAACAUCAAGCUUUGUCUUGAAUGAUAUUCAAAAAUAUGGCAAGAACGCAAUGCAGAAGACGUUGAUCUGGAAAGAGUAUGUAUCGCAGACGGCAUCAGGAAAGAUACUGUCUAUUGCGGCCGAAGCCGAAGAUGUGUUGAAGAAGAGCGAGAGUUCUAGAGACGGCAGCUGGAUUGCGGACGGUUCCAGGUUUGCGGCUUGGUUGGGCCGCAAUAUUGCUGUUCUGAUGAAGAGCGACGACAAGAGUGAAGAGCACUCUACGGCUGUUGUGGAGCUCUGCUCAAAGUCGUUGACGCUGGGAUAUAGUGAUCGUGUUGUGGGCUCUCUUUGCUCCAUUCUCAUUGACGAUGACCGCAUCGAGACUCUCAGGGACUUCAUGUCCCGAAUGAAGACUUUUGAGCAACGGAAAUUUCUCAAUGCAGUGAUCGCUUUCGUGGACAAGCAGUACUUUCCGUCAAUUAUGGUGGAUAAAGAAGAUACCUCAAUUACAGCAUCCAAACCUAUAUCCAGUGUUGCUGGUCUACUAUACAGCCUGACAAAGGACAACGAUGUCUUGAAGGAGCAUCUUGUCUCCGCACUCGCGAAAUCGACGAUUCCCUCAUUAAGCGAGUCGUUCGCCGCCCGUAGAAGCGUCAUUGCUGCGUUAUCCAAAGACGACGACAAGAUUCAUACCUUGCUGGAAAACAGCAUAAGACUUUUCGGAGACUCCGUCUACAUAAAACAUACGCCUAUCGUGCAGCAAGAAGCUCUCGCUCAAACUUUGGCACUAUGCUGUGGCUAUGUCCAGCGAUCGCAAGCCAUGUUUCUGACCAUGAUGGCCAAGUCCACAUACCACACUAACGGAAUGUCAAACCGCAUCGGCGCUUCAUCACCGCGAGCCCGCUUUCUGGGUAUUGCAGUUGGUAUUGCUAUCUCAAAGAUGGUUGACAAGCCAGAGCUUCAACUGAAGAUCGAACUUGAGGGUGCUGAUAUUACGGAGGCAAGAUGGUACCAACGUCUCACUGAAGUGAACGAUAAGCUUGGAAGCACAUCCGACCUGAAAGCACAAGACAAAGCGAAACCUCUAACCAAGCAGUCUGGCCGAAUUCUAAAAUCAGCACUGAAACCGUCGAAAGGGCCAGCCAUCACAGAAAUCCAGGGUCCUCGUGUCGUCGAGAUUCUUUCUGAAUCGGAAGACGAGGAUGGCGAUCUAUUGUCUUACGAGAAGCCAGAUUCCGACCCAGAAGACGAGACCGACGACCCCGAAGCUGUCACCCGAAACAAACCCACUGCACCUGUCUACAUCCGAGAUCUCAUCGCAGGGCUGCGCGACCAAGAGAACUAUGAUCGGCAUGAACUUGCACUCGCAACCGCCGCAUCUCUUAUCCGGCGCAAAGCAAACUUUGGCACUGAAGUAAUUGACCAUCUGGAAGAACUCGCCACCAUCCUCACGGGUCUACAGGACAACUCAGAGUUGGAAGAGUUCGCCCAGCAGAGACAACAAGCUCUGAUCGCUGUGUUACUCGCUAAGCCAGCGCAAAUGGCGCAGUGGUUCGCACGCUCAUUCUUCUCCGGCGACUACAGUCUCACCCAACGCAUCGCCAUGCUCACAACGCUUGGUCUUGGGGCGCGUGAACUUGCUGGCGUAAAGGACUCAUCAACCGACAACCUCAUCCCACCCAAGCCGUCCUUCCCCAGCAAACAGCUCCCACCCCAUCUCCACAAGAUGUACACCGCGAACCAAAACACCAGCCCCGUAUCUAAACUCACAAGCAGCAUGGCCCGAGACAUGCUCUCCCCGCUCGCCUCACAAGCCGCGGACCAGCUCACCGGCCCCAACAUCCUCAAAGUGCGCACCUUCAGCUCGCGCAUGGAGGUCGAGAAGAAGCGGCAAAAGCCCAUCCCAAACGCCCUCGCCCAGGUCGUCGCGGAUAACUUCUUUUUCCCGCUGUCCGGCCGUUGGUGGCUGCAGGUCCGCAACAGCAACGACUCGAUCUACGCGUCCACGCACCUUCUGCCGCCGUUUCUGCAGACGCUGUCUCUGCUGUUGAAUGCGUCGGGCCCGAACACGCUGUCGUUGCCGCAGAUGACGCGCGAGUUCUGGGAUCUACUUCUCUCGGUGCGCGGGCUGGCGGGGAAAGACAAGGCGGUGUUGAAUGCGGUGUUGUUCGGCUUCUUGAUGUUGCUGGAGACUAAUGAGAAUAAGGAGCGGGUGGCGACGGAGCACGGGAAGGAGUUGAUGGAGACGCAGGCGUGGGUGAAGAUGGUGUUUGAUGGGCUGGGGGCGGGGAGCGAGGAGGAUGAGAGGGUUAGGGUGUUGGCGGCUGGUGUGGUGGUGCGGUGUGGGGAGGUGGUGGAGAAGUAUCAGCGGAGGAUGGCGGGCGCGCUGAUGGAUUAUUGAAGGUAGAUUACUCGACGAGACUCGAAUGCGUUCUCAUUGAGGUGACUGUGCUACAGAAAAUAUAU